AUGACAAUACAGCAACUAUCCUUGGACUCUCAAAGGAAGAUUGUGUCUAGUUCCUUUAUUUAUGGUCCAGUGGCAGCUGUAAGAGAACUGAUAGAUAAUAGCAUCGAUUCGGGUGCUAAAAAUAUCUACGUUGACAUAGAUUCCGCCACUGGAGGGUGCGACUAUAUAUCAGUUAAAGACGAUGGGUCUGGUGUAGAUACGAAUGAUAGGCCUUUCAUGUGCUCACACCAUACCACGUCAAAGAUAACCACUAUCGGGGAUAUUUCAAUUCUGACAACCUUAGGAUUUAGAGGUGAAGCUUUAUUUCUUUUAUCGAAUUUGUGUAACCAACAAGGCUCAAUGCAGGUGGAGACGAAAACCGUAGGCGAUGUUAUUGGUGAAAAAUGGUUAAUUGAUGGUGGAGGUGCUAUCACGAAUGGAAAGCGAUAUAAGAUAUCUUGUCCCGUUGGAACCACAGUAACACUAAGAAAGCUUUUAGGGGGAUUGCGAGCGAGAUAUCUUGAAAUAUCCUCGAAACCAAGAAAAACACUUGAUGAGCUGACCUAUCUGAUAAACCAUUACUCCUUAAUUCAUAGAAACAUUCGAUUUUUUUUCUCACUUGUAUCGUUACGAAAAAAUGGUUCUGUAGAGCGUAAGCAAACACAAGAGACUUUAGACUCCAAAAUUUCAAGAGCAAGAAGCUUAUCCUUACUGGCAAGGUUGAAGAAGCCUGUACCAGUAAAUUUCAUAGCAGAGGAAAAGUUAGUCAUUGAUGAAAAAAUGGCUUUAGAUCUGGUUUUACCAAAAAUGGUACCAGCAUCAGAUGUUAUUAACAUAAAGAAGCGGCUAAGAUUCAUAUCUGUCAACGAAAGGGCUUUGUCUUUAAAUUUGGAGACGGGGAAAGCUGUUUCUAAGCUGCUGUCGUCACUUUACAAGAACGCAAAUCUACUAGAACCUAUGGUUUGGUUUAUUAAUUUGAACUGUGAUACGAAACUAAUUGACGUUAACAUUGAACCGGAGAAAAAUGACGUGAUGAUCAAAGGCUUUGAAACAGUUCUUAAAAAAUUAGAACUGAAAAUAAAACUGCUAUUGGAGGAAAAGCUUGACCCAUGUACAAGCACAGCAUAUGAUGAAAACGUACAGUCCUUGGCCAAUAAAAGAAUAACUCCUACACUGGAGAUUCUCGCACCUGACGUGGAGAAUGAAACAAUAAAAAGUUGUGGUAAUGGUACAAAUGAGGAGAAAGGUGGCAACGGGCAGAAUAACUUAAAAUCGAUAAUACCUACUUAUAACGACGAACCCAAUUUAGAAAACACAACUAUUGUUGAUGCUACACCCUCGCCUACAAAGAUCGAAAAAGGUGAAUUUCUUGACCAACAAACUCAGGAGAGCCUUUCAAACUGUAAAAUCCCGAGCUCCAGAUCUCUGGCUUCUGAAGAUGGUACCAACUGGCGUCACAAUUUGCAAGAGGAUUUAAGUGAAAGCAAUGAAGUGGCGGGAGCUGGCUCCUCAACAUUGCCCUCUUCUUUGACUUAUAAUUAUAUAGAAACUAUCCCAGAAAAUGAAGAUCUAGAGCUUUCCAAAGAUGCAUCUAUUUCCAAUCCUUUCAUGAUUACGAAGAUAAGAAGUGUUAAUAGGAAACUAAGUGAAGACUCGCAUAAAGCUAAAAAUGGUAAUUGCGACGGUGCCGAAGCAGGAAAAAUACGUGAGAAAAUGCAAUUGUCAAGCACAACAGAGGAAGAAUUGUUUAGACCACAAAAAACAUAUAGCAAAAGAACUGACGGCGUGAACACGAAAACUGAUUCAGACGACUUGAAACAAAAGAAUAUUGAUAAAUAUGCAAAAAAAGUGUCACACUUACACAAUAGAGUACCGAGACUCAUACAAUUUUCUGAAUAUACCAACAACCUUGUCUUUGAUUGGAAACACAGCAAACCUCCAGCGCACAACACCGAUAGCUUUGCCAAAGAUGCUCUAUGGUUACGUUCCAGAGAUGAACCCACUAAUCCUUCUUUCAGCCUCUUGCAAGGCUUGCGAACGCGUGUGAAGAAACGAGGACGCACUGAAGCCACAGCAAACGGCUGGUGCCUCUUCACGCCAGACAGUUCUUGA